AUGCCUACAGUAAGAAGAAUUAAAAACAUAAAGUGGGAUGAAGACGAUCUAGAUGACUAUUAUUCAGAUGAUUCUGAUCCAUUUGAGCCUUCAUCCAGCAGAAUAGACCCUAGGAAGAAUGUGAAAACAAAACAAACCGAGCCUCCAAAGUCAGUGGCAAAAAACAUACAAAUUAAGCAGAAAACAAAAAUUGAUACUACAAAAAAGAAUACGGAUUCAGUUCCCUUUAGGAAUCCCCUGAAUGUAGUUGUAUGCGGAGCUGUUGAUGCUGGAAAGUCUACACUGUUAGGGCAUAUAUUAUCACUAACUAAUUGUGUAGACGCUAAACUGAAGAAUGUUAAAAAUUAUGCUUGGAUUUUAGAUCAGGGUGAAGAUGAACGUGAACGUAACAUCACUAUUGAUCCAACAAAAUGCCAGUUCAAUCUUCCAUUACCGAAAGGUUCUAAUCCUUUGAAUUACAAAUCCAUAAAGGUAAAUAUCAUUGAUACACCAGGUCAUCACGAUUUGAUGCAUAACCUCAUCCUAGGUGCUGUGUUUGCAAACUCUGCGAUUAUAAUUAUAGAUUCCAAUGACGUCUUAAAAGGGAGUGCGUUUGACAGAUAUUUUAAUGAACAUCUGUUACUAUUAUAUUUUAUCGGUAUUCGGUAUUUUAUUAUUUGUAUAAACAAAAUAGACAAAUUUGAUUAUUCAAGCAAAGUGUAUACUGAUAUUGUGAAUCAUAUUUCUACUCUGUCUAAAAUUUAUUCCAAGGAUUCAAAGAUCAUUUAUGUACCAGUUUCCGGUCUCCAAGGUGUUAAUUUGACACAAGUUCCGGAAGAUGCUAUGAACUGGUAUUCUGGACCUUCUUUGCUUCAGGCUCUAGAGGAGGUUGCAAUCGAUUUAAUUUCGAAGCCAGUGGUGGUUUAUAAUGAUAGACUUCUAUGUCAUAUAUUUGACCUAUGGGAAGUUGGGAAAACAAACAUUUCUUGUUCUUGUUUUGUUGAGGGAAAUGAAAUGAAAGUCCCAGUUAAUAUGGUAGUUUUACCAAAUGCCGUUGAAGUAAAAUGUUCAAAAGUCAGUUUCUCAGAAGUAGAAGAUGUUUCCUGUGGAAAAGCAAUUAUGAAUUCCCUAAGUGAUUUAACAUGUAGAAUGGGAAAUGUAUCAAUUGAUACAAAAAUGGAAGGUUCUCAAGGGGCUGUUCCCAAAUAUUUGAAUGAUUUUGUUGAUAACAUUCAGCUAAAGGGUGCUGAAAUAAUUAAUUUGAUACCAACGGCGCUAAUGGUUGAUUGUGACACAUUUUCUAGAAUAAAGACUAAUAAUUCUAGUAUAAGGCAGCAAAAGAUCUUGAAUUUAUUUGUAUUCAUUUCGAAGCACACUCAACAAAAACUUACUUUGGGGGAAACUGUUGAGUUAUAUGUUGGCUACUCUAAAGACUGCGCUGUUAUUACAUCCGUGUCCAAAAUUCUCGAGGGAAAUGAUAUUAAAAAGCUAAAGAAAGUGUUCUCACUAAACCCUGGUGAAUUUGGAUUUAUAGGUUUUUCAUGUUGCAACACUCCUCUAUUCGUCGAACCCCUCUCUCAGAAUCACUCGUAUAUUAAUAAAACAAUAUCCCUUUUGAGUGAUAUAGAGCACGAAGUUACAGAAAGCUCAGAACCCAUUGGGCUAUUGAGCAGGGCUUUGGUACGUUGUGGAGGAAAUGUUAUCGCAGGCGGUAUAAUAUGUCAUAAUUUCACAUAA